CCUGCCGCUUUCACUGUGUGCACGUGUAGAAUUUUCGUAGUAUGCCUUGAAGGGGAAAAUUUUGGUGUCUGUGAGUGCCACCGUGCUCAAAAUGUCCGAAAAACUACGCAAAGGAAACAAGGCAUGCUGCGCUUCUGCGUGGUGCGACAACUCAGGAAGGAACAGCGCAGCGACAUUUUUCCGCUUCCCAGCGACCGGUGUGACGUAUGGUGGAAUGACACGUGCCAAAAGGGGAGACCUGGCGGGGCUGGGAUGAAAGCAAAUGUACAGUACAACGGCUACCACCUCUGCUCGUACUACUUCACCGAAUGCGCUCACGCCGACCUUGCCAGAACGCGGCAGUUGUUGACGGCUGUUCCCGCUGUUGCAGUGGAAGUGGUGUCCCUGAUCGAUGAAGGACCCUCCCGGGCACAAGUCACGGCUGAUUCGGCUCAAGACCACCCGGGCCAAAACAGGCUCACCGCAGUGUCAGGUAUGCACAGGUCGGCUUGUUGCUUUUGGGCAUCAUGGAAGGGACGCGUAUUUUCGCUUUGUGCAGUGGACGAGAAAGCUGGGGCGAGGUGA